AAGUGAUUAUCUCUCAACCGUUGUACAGCUGUUGAGUUGUCUGAACGCACCCCUCUUAUGGCCACUCUCCUCUCACUAGUCUUCUCUCUGGUGCCACGAAACGAGUAAUCACGAGUAGUGUUUGAGCAAAUUUUAUCAAGAAAUGUCGGACUCUGAAGGUGCCAGUGACGUCGGGAGCGAUGGUAGAAGAUCGCGAAGUCGUAGUAGCGGAGCGCGAAGUAUGGGCUCGAGGAGUCCAUCCAGAUCUCGAUCGCGUUCUCGGUCGCCGUCUGGCUCUGAGGACGGAGAUCAUAAGAUGGAUGAAGCAGAAGAAGUUAGGUCGGGAGAUGAAGAAGGUGUUGAACCAGAAGAAGAACCUGAAGGAGAAGAUUUAGGAAGCACUAGUGAGUAUGAUGAAGAAGAAGAGGAAGAAGAUGAUAGACCGAGAAAAAAGAGUAAGAGAGGUGGUACCUUCAGUACCUUCAUCAUAGAUGAAGCAGAGGUAGAUGACGAAGUAGAAGAUGAUGAUGAAUGGGAAGAAGGAGCGCAAGAAAUCGGCAUUGUUGGAAAUGAAGUGGACGAAUUAGGUCCCACAGCGCGAGAGAUCGAGGGACGACGAAGAGGGACAAACCUUUGGGAUACUCAGAAAGAAGACGAAAUCGAAGAAUAUCUUCGAAAAAAAUAUGCUGACGAAUCUAUUGCCGCUCGUCGUUUCGGCGAUGGCGGUGAGGAAAUGAGCGACGAAAUCACACAGCAAACUUUAUUGCCUGGUGUGAAAGAUCCCAAUCUAUGGAUGGUAAAAUGCCGAAUAGGAGAAGAAAAGUCUACUGUACUCUUGCUGAUGCGAAAAUUUAUUACUUAUCAAUUUUCAAAUGAACCUCUACAGAUAAAAUCUGUCGUGGCACCUGAAGGUGUGAAGGGUUAUAUUUACAUAGAAGCUUACAAGCAGCCACACGUAAAAGCUGCUAUCGAAAAUGUUGGAAAUCUCAGGAUGGGUAUAUGGAAGCAGCAGAUGGUACCCAUCAAAGAGAUGACAGAUGUGUUGCGAGUGGUCAAAGAGCAGACAGGUUUAAAGGCCAAACAGUGGGUUCGCUUGAAACGAGGAAUUUAUAAAGAUGAUAUAGCACAAGUUGAUUACGUCGAUUUGGGGCAAAAUACGGUUCAUUUGAAAUUGUUGCCGAGAAUCGAUUACACCAGACCCCGUGGUGCAUUGCGAACAGCACAGAGCGAAUCCGAGGCGUUAAAACGCAAGAAGAAGAGACGACCGGUAGCAAAACCGUUCGAUCCGGAAGCAAUUCGCGCAAUUGGUGGAGAAGUCACCAGCGACGGUGAUUUCCUUAUCUUUGAAGGAAAUAGAUACAGUCGUAAAGGAUUUCUCUAUAAAGGAUUCACCGCAAGUGCUAUUAUUUCGGAAGGCGUCAAACCUACUCUUUCCGAAUUAGAGAAAUUUGAGGAAGCACCGGAAGGUGUUGAAAUAGACGUGAGCGGAACACCAGGAACCGGAGUUUCUGGAAAAGAAGAUCAAGCUGUAACUCAUUCUUUUAGUAACGGCGAUAACGUAGAAGUGUGCGAAGGUGAAUUGAUAAAUCUGCAAGGAAAAAUUGUUUCCAUAGACGGAAACAUGAUUAUGGUUAUGCCCAAACACGAGGAACUUAAAGAAGCUUUGGAAUUCCAAGCUUCGGAGUUACGAAAAUACUUCACACAAGGCGAUCAUGUCAAGGUCGUAGCGGGAAGAUAUGAAGGUGAUACUGGCUUAAUCGUUAGAGUUGAACCAAACAGAGUUGUUUUGUUUUCUGACUUAUCAAUGCACGAACUCGAAGUUCUCCCGAGAGAUUUACAAUUGUGUUCGGACAUGGCCACUGGUGUUGACAGUUUGGGACAAUUUCAAUGGGGCGACUUGGUUCAGCUUGAUGCGCAAACGGUUGGCGUCAUCGUGCGAUUGGAACGCGAGAAUUUUCAUGUGCUCUCCAUGCACGGAAAAGUUGUUGAAGCAAGACCUCAGGGUCUUACAAAACGUCGGGAACAUAGAAACGCAGUUGCUUUAGAUUCACAGCAGAACACAAUACAAAAAAAGGAUAUCGUUAAAGUAAUCGACGGGCCACAUGCAGGUCGAGGCGGUGAAAUAAAACACUUGUACAGAAGUUUUGCUUUCCUGCAUUCACGGAUGUUCGUAGAUAAUGGUGGAAUAUUUGUGUGCAAAACUAGACAUUUGCAACUUUCUGGUGGAAACAAGACAAGUUCUAUAAACUCUAUGUUACCGGUCACAGGUUACAUGUCUCCUAGAAUCGCUUCUCCUAUGCAUCCGAGCGGAGGUGGUUUUGGACGAGGUGGUGGAGCUGGAAGAGGCAGAGGUCGUGGUGGCGGCGGCGCGAGACGCGACAGAGAAUUAAUCGGAACUACUAUUAAAAUAACAGGAGGACCGUACAAAGGUAACGUCGGCAUUGUGAAGGACGCGACGGAGACAACAGCUCGCGUGGAGCUGCAUUCCACGUGUCAGACGAUUUCUGUCGAUCGGUCUCACAUAGCAAAUGUCGGCGUCCCGACAAAAGACGGUGGCUUCAGCAGUUACAACAGAACUCCGGCUUACGGAGCCGGUGGACAGACACCGAUGUACGCAAGAGACGGAUCGAAAACACCUAUGCACGGCAACCAAACACCUAUGUACGAAAAUGGCUCUCGUACUCCUCAUUACGGUUCGAUGACACCGUCUCACGAUGGUUCGCGCACGCCAGGACAAUCAGGAGCCUGGGAUCCGGCAGUUACUAAUACACCCGCCAGAACAAACGACUUCGACGGCUACAGUAUGGAAGAAGGCGGCUCGCCAGGUUAUGCACCUGGAUAUCCUCCUACCGGAGGUCCAUUUACACCACAAACUCCAGGCACCAUGUACGGCUCGGAACAAAGCUUCAGUUCGUAUCAACCGAGUCCUAGUCCUGGAGGUAGUGCAACCGCAAGUCCAAGUCCUGCGGGUUAUGUGGCUACCCCGUCUCCAAGUGGCACCGGCUACACUACCAGCCCACACGGAGCAUUCGCCACACCUUCUCCGAUGGGUUACAGUCCUAUGACACCUGGAGUGGCAGGUAGUCCAUAUAAUCCGUCGACACCUGGUUCAGGAUUAGAUCCAAUCAAUACAGGCAUAGGUGGUUCAGAUUGGCAUACAACAGAUAUAGAAGUACGCAUUCGCGAUUCGCACGAUGAUCCAGCGCUUGCUGGACAGACAGCUAUCAUUCGGGGAAUUUCCGGCGGUAUGUGUACUGUUUUUCUACCUAAUGAAGAACGUGUCGUGAAUUUAAUGUGCGAACAACUGGAACCUGUGGUACCGUCACGAGGUGAUCGAGUGAAAGUGAUCCUAGGUGAAGAUCGUGAAUCUGUAGGCACUUUACUCUCCAUUGACAAUCAAGAAGGUGUAGUGAAACUCAACACGGAAGAGAUUAAAUUCUUGCAGUUGCGAUUUUUGUGUAAAAUGAAAUCGUCGUAAGUUUUUCUUACUCGUUUGCGCGCGAUAUUUUGAAUAUUUACUAUUUAAUAUUUGUAUAUAUAUUCCACAAGUUCGUGUUUUAGUGAACCAAUAUACACAAUCGUCGCCAUCUAUCUUUAAUGUUUAAUUUGGUUAACAUUUCGGUUAAACUUAUUGAAUAAAUAUACGAAUUGUAUAGAUUGUACACCAUCGUAUAGGUUUUGAAUGUCACAGAUUUGACAUAUACAUAUAUAAUAUUAUAUAAUAUAUGUAUAGGUAUUGUAAUAGACUAAAUAUAUAUUCAUUUCAUAGAACAUCUCUUCAGUUCUACUACUCUUGGGUUACGCGGAAAUAUUAGAUUUUAAUUAUAGAUGUAGAUUUAGCAAGAUUUUUAAUCAGUUGGAAAAAAAUUGUA